AUGUCGUCCAACGAAAAUAUCCAACAGCUGGCCUUUGACUUUGUCAUUGUUGGCGGAGGCACCGCUGGGCUGGUGUUGGCCAAUAGGUGAGUGGGGGUGGGAGUCGCGCAGUCGCGCAGUCGCGCACAACAGAAGCUAUAUACUCAGCUGACGCCUGCCCGCCUGCCCGCCUGCCUGCCCGCCUGCCCGCCUUUGCUUUGGGACCACGCAGACUUAGCGAGGAUGGGAGCAAGCAGGUGGCGGUGGUGGAAGCGGGAGGUAGCGGCAAGGGAAAUCCGAGCAUCGAAGUGCCCGGAAUGGCCGGUGGACCGGGAACAUUCAUGAGUGCUGCUGAUUGGGCCUACUUUGGCGAAGCAGAGGAGCACUUGGGCGGUCGAAAGAUCUACUAUCCGCGCGGCAAGCUGCUGGGAGGCAGUUCUGCCUUUAAUGCGAUGAUGUGGAACAGGGGCUACAAGGGCGAGGUGGAUGCAUGGCAAGAGUUGGGCAACGGCGAGGAGCAGCAGCGGGAGCGGGAGCGGUGGAGCUGGCAAAACGUGCUGCAGUACGCCAAAAAGGCAGAGACGCACACUCCGCUAAAGAAGGACCCGCAAGGCGCAAGGCAAGCCGGCUUCAAUCCGGAUUUCCACGGAACCAAUGGUCCUUGUCCCACCACCUACUCCAACCACUACUACCCGCAGCAAGAUCGCAUCGUACCCACCCUCAUCAACCUGGGCGUGCCUCGCUUCGAGCAUGGAGGAGAUUCAAUGGGCGGCAACAAUGUCGGUGUGGGCUACACUCCAUCCGCACUCUUUCCAGACACGCAAAAGAGGGUGGACAGCGAGUUUGCUUACCUCACCCAGCAAGUCCUCGAUCGACCCAAUCUAAAAGUUUUGCAGCACUCUCUCGCCACCAAGAUUAUCUGGACACAGGCCAAGCAUGGUCAGGAUGUUGUGGCUGAGGCUGUCGAAGUGGAGAUGCGCGACGCUGGGGCGGACGAAUCGGCACCCAAGCAAAGAGUCAUCAUCAAGGCGCACAAGGAGGGUGAGCCAUUGUGCACUCGAUCCAUCGUCGCCGCUUACAGAUAUGCUCGAUGCUCACCCAUGCACCGCUGUUUCGCCGCCAAGUCAUUCUUGCUGGAGGCGUCUUCAACACUCCUCAGCUGCUAGAGCUGUCAGGUGUCGGCGAUGCAAAACUCUUGAGCUCUCUAGGCAUCGACAGCGUGGUGGACCUGCCAGGCGUAGGCGAAAACUUGAAAGGUGAGCACGGCCGCAAAUGCUUUCCGCAGAUGGCGUGCGGAUGCUGAGCCUCGUGCAAUGUUGGCGCGCUUGCCAGAUCACCCUUGCUUCCAGUCGCAGUUUCAAAUCAAGGGGCCCUACAGUUUGGACAAUAUCAUCCACGACCAAGCCUUUAUGGCGGAGCAGUUCCAGCUCUUUGCGACGCAGCAGACUGGCGUUUUCAACUUUGCCAUGGACACCACGGCUUAUCUUCGCGAUGGCCAUCUGGAGGUCAGUGUGUGCGCGUCGAGCGCGGCGGGACUGUUGCGCAUUGGGGCUAAGAUUGUCCCGCACUCAUCACAGAAUCUGUCGAGCAAUUCGACCGAAAUCAUCCAAAAGGUUACCUCUGACGCCAAGCGAGAGCAAGACGGAUCGAGCGGACUGCACUCCACCGUUCGAGACGGCAUUUCCACUCAACGAUCCCUCAUGACCAAAGCGGCAUCCGACUGGCCACAGAUGGAGCUGUGCGCAGCGCACAUUUACAUGGAUCACACCAAACCGUUGGAGCAUCCCGAUCCUCGUCCACACGCCAACAUUACCGUCUUUACAGUGAUUCAACAUCCAUACUCUCGCGGAAGCGUCCACAUCGCUUCGAAAGACGCAGCCCAACAUCCUAAAAUCGUCACCAACAUUCUCAAACAUCCAGUCGAUCAGCAUCGAGCCGUGCUGGCCUUGCAACUGGCUAGGAAAUUCGCCAAGACGGAACCGUUCAAGAGCGGUGUGGUCAAGGAUUUGGGUAUUGGAGAAGACCAACUGCCAGAUGAUGCGCCUUAUGACUUGUGGCUCAAGCACGCCAAGCAGCAGGUGACGACCGAGCGUGAGUCGAGCGCGAAUGGAACAGCGCGCGUACAUGAGAAGGCCCGCCCCCGAUUUUCGUCGAUUGACCCCCACACCUCCACCCGCGCCGCUUCCUCCAAACUUUUUUCCCCUCACGCCGCUCAGAUCAUCCCGUCGGCACCACACCCAUGAUGUCGCGCUCUCUAGGCGGAGUGUUGGACGAGAAUUUGCUGGUGCACGGUACCAAGAACGUCUCGGUCGUCGAUGCUUCCAUGCUACCUUUGCUCAUGAGCGCCCAUCCCCAGAGCAUCAUUUACGGAGUUGCCGAACUCGCAGCGGACCUGAUCAAGAGUCGACAUGCUUGA